CAUUUUAUCUCUUCCAACAACGCAACACGACACUUGCGUACGCAGCUCAACAUGGUCACCAAAACUCGGGUUAGGACUGUCCGCACGAGAAACAUUACGUCUGUGCAGAAAAGGAAAACUCGAUCUUACCGAAAACCAAUUCAGCCAUUUAGUUGCAUGCCUAGAGAGAUGCACCAGGCAAUCCUCUCUUAUCUGGACCCAGAAGAUUUGAGUCGCUGUCUUACCGUCGACAAAGAAUUUUCGAACGUCUCAAAAGAUUUAAUGAACACAGAGCAUGUUUGGAAUAUAGAACAAAAGAACGUGAAGGACGUACUUAUGGACUGCGAGGGGUUUUUGGCCGCGCCCAUGAGAAUGGAGAAUCCGCGAAUCCUUCGAAUCCGUCACCUUAACAUCAAAAUCCCCGUACACUCUCAAUGGUAUUUGUGGAAAGGAUGGCCGACAUACAAGGAACGCAUGCCUAUUGCCCUCGAUAAGUUCAUCCGAAUUGCGCAACGUUUCAACAGUCUACAAAAUUUAGACAUCACGCUGUUUUUGAAACGCGAGUCUGAUUGGUCUUGGGCGAAAGAACAGGACGUCCUUGAAGUUUUGGAGAUGUUGGAGCGAGUUAAGGAUCCAGAAUGGAAGCUCAAGCUAAGCGUCAAUGUUCCAGAGGGAACUAGUAGUUUUGGAAAGGUGGCGGAAUGGGCGCGCACUGUACAGGGAUGGAAAGAUGUCUCUUAUCAUUUUUUCGCCGAGGACGGCGAGGAUAGUGAGGAUAGUGAGGAUAGUGAGGAUAGUGAGGAUAGUGAGGAUAGUGAGGAUAGUGAGGAUAGUGAGGAUAGUGAGGAUAGUGAGGAUGGCGAGGAUGGCGAGGAUGGCGAGGAUGGAUGGUGA